AUCCCUGAGGUCCCUGCGGACGGACGAUGGAGCAGCCGCCACAAGGCCUGCAGGGGCCGCCCGGCCCUCAGUUCCAGCCGCAGAAGGCCUUGCGGCCAGACAUGGGCUAUAACACCUUAGCCAACUUUCGGAUAGAGAAGAAAAUCGGCCGCGGGCAGUUCAGCGAAGUCUACAGAGCAGCCUGUCUCCUGGACGGAGUGCCGGUGGCUUUGAAGAAAGUGCAGAUAUUCGAUUUAAUGGAUGCGAAAGCCCGUGCAGACUGUAUCAAGGAAAUCGACCUGCUCAAGCAACUCAACCAUCCAAAUGUAAUUAAAUAUUAUGCGUCAUUCAUUGAAGAUAAUGAACUAAACAUCGUUUUGGAAUUAGCUGAUGCUGGUGAUCUAUCCCGAAUGAUAAAGCAUUUUAAGAAACAGAAGAGGCUGAUUCCGGAAAGGACCGUGUGGAAGUACUUCGUCCAGCUCUGCAGCGCCCUGGAACACAUGCACUCGCGCCGGGUCAUGCACAGAGACAUCAAGCCGGCCAACGUGUUCAUCACGGCCACGGGCGUGGUCAAGCUCGGGGACCUGGGCCUCGGCCGCUUCUUCAGCUCCAAGACCACAGCCGCACACUCUCUAGCUACGGCAGCUGGUGAACGUGUGCAUCAACCCGGACCCGGAGAAGCGGCCGGAUGUCACCUACGUGUACGACGUGGCCAAGAGGGUGCACGCCAGCACCGCCAGCGCCUGAGCCCAGGGGCGUGGGCCCGCCGUAGGCCCCAGUGCUGUGCGCAGACCACACCCCGGCUCCGUCUGGGGUGAGAUGGACACGUCAGAGCUCCCGCUUCGAACCCUUAACCAGUUUUCAGAUGAGCUUCAUGCUGUCCCGAUCGGGGUCGCCUUCUCGCAAACCCAAGGACUCUGGGGAUCACGUCGCGUGUUAGGACAGGAAGUGGACGUGAUGGUCUUUCGUGGCUAAAGGUUUGAGACUUCACGGGCGUUUUCUGCUGAUACGUUGUGUUCAGAUCGACUCUCAGUGCCAAACAGUGUCGGUGUCCCCGGCGCUCAUCAGGACAGACGGACGCCCGGGCGAGGGGUCGGAGCGGACGGGUGUGCGCGGACCUUUGAGGCGAACACAGUUGUGAACGUCUGUGCUUGUUUGAUUUUUAAAAGUUUGAAGUAGGCGUUUUAGUUCUUAGCAUUGUAGCUUCCCAACAUGAUUCUUAAGAGAACCUUCGACAUAAACUAUUUGAGAAGCAUUUAAAAUCCUUCGUUUAAACAUUCAAAAUGCAACUCUUAAAUGUGAACACAUUGGGGGACGAGAUGUGAGUCAGACACUGAAGAGGUUUCGCUUUGUUGUCCAAUCUCUGAUAUUCUCUCAGCAUUAAAAUGGUAUAAAUGAACCCAUUUAAGAAGUGGUUAAGGAUCUGUGUGGCUGUCGUGACGGUCAUUUUGAAGGUUGCACAUUACCCAAGGCUUCUUUGUGUUUUAUUAUUGUUUGUACAUUUGAAAAAUAUCCUUUAAAUAAUCCUGCAGUACUUUAUUUCCACUUCUUUGUCCAUUUACAUGCCCCUCGUAACUGUACACUGUGUGAGCAUGUGUUCUUAUCCAGCCCAACUGAAGUUCUGAUCGGUCCUCUUCAGAACCCUUUUAUAUUCUUCCCGUAACUUUCUUAUUUAUAUUCUAUGUACCUGUUACCCACGGAUGUUUCGGAUUUCCUGACAACAGUAAGCCUUCGACAGUGUUUGGGGUCCCCACUGUCUCCGCGGUGGAGGGCAGUUCGCCUGAGCCCCUCCCACGGGCCGCCCGCUGCCGUGCGGCGUGUUGCUGCGCAGGGCGGGUGUGCCGCACCCGGGGCGUCGCUCCAGUGCGGUUCAGUCUCCAGGUUGUGAUCUCAGAAUAAGUGUGAAGGGGUGGAAGCUGACGUGGCCGUGGCCAGAGUUCUGACGAGGUGAGCAUUUCUGUGGAGAAGCUAAGUACGUGCUGCCGUGGACGGAGUGGACAGACGGCGGCUUCUGAGGAAGGAGGCGGCAGAGUCUCGUGGCUGCCACGGGAGAUGUCCUCUCCCCGAGUGUCCACGUGGGAGUGGCGACCGGUUCCUCACAGAACUGAGGCCACGGGCCAGAGUCACCGUUGAGGACGCUGUCCCACCCUGCCAAGGUGACGCCUCGUCUCUGGAGAACACCUCCCUUCAGCCGGUGCAACUGCUGGUUUUGUUUUUUUCAUGUAAGUAUUUUUCUUACAAUCAUUUGAAUCCACGCAAGUCAUCUGUUAACGUAAAACAGGUAUAAAGGACACAGAAGUAUAAAGUCUUCCUUUCCCCCAAACCGAACCGGAGCCGGUGUCCUCCGGUGGGGCCUGAGGGCUCUGUCUUGGGGUAGGCUCCGAAAGCCCGGCGGCCCUGUGUCCUGGGCUGGAGCCUGUCCUGCUCAGGUCCCGGGACUCACAAAUCGCACGGUCACUUGGCGUCCGUAGGCCUGUCUCCAGAAGGGGAGCAGGCUGCUUUGUUGCCCACAAACAGCCUGUCAUGUAACGUGGUCGAGGUGAAGUGUUCUUCACUUGGGAUGGAUACGCUCCUUUUUCUUGCAAUCUUUAAAAAAUUUGUGGAUCUUAAAUUCACUGGCUCGGCCCCCUCACGGAGACUUGUAGGCAAAGGUGGGAGCUGUUCCCCGGGGGCUCUGCCGGAAGGCACCGGUGGCGGAGACGGGGCGGUCAAGGGAAUGCAGCCUUACUCUCCACUGGUGGAAACUGUCAUGUUCAUACUGUCUCCUGAAGAAACCACUGUGUAAAAAACAAAUUUUAAUUUUGACUGGGAUCAUGUCAAAGAAUUAUGAAGGUGAUUAGAAGUUUUAAUUGUUAUCACACAUAAAAUGUUGUCUUUAUAUAUUUCUGUUUAUAAGUGAAUUUUGUAUUAAGGAAAACAUUUGGAUUGAUUUGAGGAACAAUAAAAUGAAAGGUACGUCUGAUUCUAACCCUUAUUUAGACACGGGAGCCAGCCCCCCGGGGCAGAGGCGGGUGGCGUUGUCCUGUGUGCGGGGCCCAGGGGCGGAGGCUGCGGCGUCCCUGUGGGAACAGGCACAGCGAGUGUGGGCACGUGGGGGGUCCUCCCCCGUGUCAGUGUACUCCCCGUGUUGCUGUUGACACGUACACGGUAUUUAUUUUAACCGAACCUUCUUCAUAUGAAAUGUUCUUUUCCCUUGAAGAUGAAUGUAUCAUGUUCAUAACCCGCGAGCGCGUACUGACCCCGCCCCCUGUCCGAACAGCACUGUGCACAGACGCCUCCUGUGACCGCUUUCGUUGUACGCUUCGAAUGCACACACUGAGGAACCGGAUGUUAGCUUUGAGAAUUGUAUAAUAUCCUAAUAUAAAUAAAAAUAUGAAAUUAAACA